ACUGUCACCAAUGACAGUCCGCCAUUGAAGGUGUGGCGGAACUCAAGGGUUUGAUUCGUUUUGUCUCAAUUAAAAAACCCAAUUUUAAAGUACCAGAGUUCAUUAAUAACAUAAUAGUGUGUGAAAGCAUUAACAGAAGUAAAGGCAGGUUUGUGCCUCGCAACGCUUCAAUCGGCACGGCUCGUUUCUGUGCGUUUUAGCGCUGCUUUAUCCUGCUCCUCGUUAGCUGCAAGCUAACGUCAGAAGCAGCUCCCUCCAGUGGCUUCCGGAGCUCACGCUGUCCCCGCUCAACAUGUCCGCCGGGAGGGUCCACAUUCGCUCGGCAGGAAUGCGGUAGGCGGGGCCGCUCGACUGGUGUCAAACUUUGGGAAUGACAGGAGCUCUGCGGGAUUCGCGAAGAAGGGGAAGUGUCGCCCCGCUCGGUCCCGUCUGGAUUACUUCGACUUCUCCCUCCGCCCUGCGUCCGGAUCCAGCAGCUCUCCGCAGAUAGCGCGGCCUCCCCCCGCAGCGCAUCCCUCAGCCAUGUCGGAGGACGCGAGCCCCCAGCCCUGGUCCAUCAACAAAGAUGACUACGAGCUACACGAGGUGAUUGGGAGUGGAGCCACGGCGGUGGUCCAAGCAGCCUACUGUUUACCACGCAAAGAGAAGGUGGCCAUCAAACGUAUCAACCUCGAGAAGUGCCAGACCAGCAUGGACGAACUCCUGAAAGAGAUUCAGGCCAUGAGCCAGUGCCACCACCCCAACAUCGUGUCUUACUACACCUCGUUUGUGGUAAAGGAUGAACUGUGGCUGGUCAUGAAGCUGCUCAGUGGUGGCUCCGUGCUAGACGUGAUCAAGCAUAUCAUCUCGCGAGGCGAACACAAGACGGGCGUCGUGGACGAGGCCAGCAUAGCCACUGUGUUGAGAGACGUGCUGGAAGGACUGGAGUAUCUACACAAGAACGGACAGAUCCACAGAGAUGUUAAGGCUGGAAACAUUCUCCUCGGGGACGAUGGCUCGGUGCAAAUUGCAGACUUUGGCGUCAGUGCCUUUCUAGCCACAGGUGGUGACAUCACUCGCAACAAAGUGCGCAAGACGUUUGUAGGAACGCCAUGCUGGAUGGCGCCAGAGGUCAUGGAGCAGGUGAGGGGCUAUGAUUUCAAAGCAGAUAUUUGGAGUUUUGGAAUCACAGCCAUUGAGCUCGCCACAGGCGCUGCACCUUAUCACAAAUACCCGCCAAUGAAGGUGUUGAUGCUGACGCUGCAGAAUGACCCUCCAUCCCUGGAGACCGGCAUCACAGACAAGGAGAUGGUGAAGAAAUAUGGAAAAUCCUUCAGGAAGAUGAUCUCGAUGUGUCUACAGAAAGAACCAGAAAAAAGGCCAACAUCCUUAGAGCUGCUGAAGCAUAAAUUCUUUCAGAAAGCGAAGACCCACGAGUAUUUAAACGAGAAGUUACUUCAGAGGGCGCCCACAAUAACUGAGAGGUCAAAAAGGGUUCGUCGAGUUCCAGGUUCCAGUGGCCGGCUGCAUAAAACAGAGGACGGCGAAUGGGAAUGGAGUGAUGACGAGUUGGAUGAAGAAAGUGAAGAGGGCAGAGCUGCUAUUGCUGCCUUAAGGUCACCGAGAGUGAAGGAGGGGUCGCAGGGCUCAGAGGUUUUCCAGACUCCUGAGCCGUCAAGUAAUCAACUCCAGCCGACGGCCGCAGGUCAGGCAGAACUACCUCAGGCUGCAGGCCAGGUUCCACUGCAGCCCACACCAGUCAACACUCAAUCCACUGCCCAGGCUGCGUCUCCCACACCAGGCGCUGCUGCCGCCGCUUCUCCCACACAGGCUCCAGCUGCUUCAGGGGAUGUGACGGCUCCCAUUAGUUUGGUAUUAAGGUUAAGAAACUCCAAGAAGGAGCUAAACGACAUCCGCUUUGAGUAUAUGCCAGGGAGAGACACAGCAGACGGCGUGUCCCAGGAGCUAGUGUCAGCUGGUCUGGUGGACGGGAAAGACCUAGUAAUAGUUGCAGCAAAUUUGCAGAAAAUAGUUGAUGAGCCUCAAUCCAAUAAAAACGUCACUUUCAAGCUGGCUUCUGGAACUGAGGGAUCUGAAAUACCAGAUGACGUCAAACUGAUGGGCUUUGCUCAGCUCAGCAUUAAUUAAACUGUUGUUCUACCUGGAACCAUGACUUGCCUAAAAAAAUGUGAAAAUUACAACAAAAAAAAUAGUUCAAUGCAUUUUUUUUCUUUCUAUGGCUGUAAAGAAACCACUACUGCCAAAGAAAACAGUACCGUUUCAUCACUCAUAGGAUUCUGCAAUGCCGACUCGCUGAAUUAGACGAUCGGCUGAAGUACCAGAGCGUUCAGUUUAAGAACCACUCAACAACCGCGACAAAGAAAAGAAAGUUUACAGUGCAUACGUAGAAGGAUGAAAGUAUCUCCAACUUUUAGUUUUUCUCAUUCUGGUCUCCUUCAUGGUUAUUUUCUCUCUUUAAUAUGUGAUGCAUUUGCACAAUCUUAACUAACACCCUUAAAUCCCAAUAAGUGUAACAAUGCCUUAUAUUCAUCCGAACUACUGAAUGCACGUUUUGGGGGAUGUCCCCCGGCACCAUAUGAAGCAUUGUGUUGUCUGAAAUGUACAACUGUGGUUUCAGAUGCUGAUGUCAAACCUUUUUACUUCUUUUGAAAGGUGGGGGGAGUUAAAAUAUUGUACACAAACCUGAAAUGUGUGGAUGCCAAAUUAUGUCGUCAGAUAGAAGUGAACGGCCUUUAAUAGUAAAAUAAGUUUUUUUCUGUGUUUAUUCUAUAUUUCUUUGCAUCAAUAAAUAGUUAAUAGAUAAUUUUCCUGAACGUGACCUUCAGCUCAGCCCAUUUAUUCCUAAGGACGAUUUAUAUCUUUAAAAAUAAGGUCAACAAUAUUUAACUUUGAUUUAUUAUUAUUAAUAAUAAUAUUUGUACUCAGUAGCUGGCCAUUUCGUUUGAAUCGACUUAUAAAGACGUGCUCGUUUAAGCUUUAUUGGCAUCAGGAUGGUUUAUGUGAAAUUAACUCAAUAAACAACCCUGACCUUGUUUAUUGUUACGAAGGAGAAUGUCAACCAGUGCAAUGCUGUGUUGUAGUUUUUACUGACACACAUAGGAUUUGUUGAUUAAGAAAAUAUUAAAUAUCAUCAGACAUGAAUCUUAAUUGAAAUGUAAAAUAAAAAAUCAAAUGUUUAAGAAAAAAAGGAAAAAAAAAUAGGUCACCUCUGUAUUAAUGAAUUAUUAGGUGAUGAUCAGAAUUUAUGUACAAUGAAAUCAUAAACCUGAUGUAGAUUUGUUUAUAUUGGCCUCUUGUGAAAAUUAAUAUUCUUUGAUAAUAGUAAAAUGUUUGACAGCAGCUGAAACCACACGUGUGUCCGUUGGUAUAAGUUUAUGUCUGUUUGGAAUAAGUUUCUCAAAUCCUUAAAAACUAAAAACAAAAAAAGACUUAAGUGCAUAUUUUGUUUAUGUUGAUGAAACAAGUACUUGAUUUAACCUCUAAUAUGUAAAUAUUGACAUUUGGCAUUGAUUUGUUUUUGUACUGGGUGUUUCACUCUGCCUUUUUUCUGUCUUGUGACACAAUUUGUGGGUUGUGGCGCCGCGUGAAGGAAAACAACCACAACGACGUCUGGCCUCGACUUCCCUCCUUCUGCAGGACAAACUGUCACUUUUACUGUAUUUCAUGUAUGACGUUUAUUUACCUUUACACGUAAAAAGAAAGACUUCAGCUUUUCACUUUUUGCCUUUUGGGGGGAAAAAAAUAUUGAAUAUAAUUUUGCCGUGGAGCCACAGCUGUCUGCUCGAUACGAGAGAUGUUCCGAUGCCCUUUUCCCUUCCAAUACCGUUUCCGAUACCGGGACUUUACGUAUCUGCCAUACCGAGUACCAAUCCGAUAUUAGUAUCAACAUAUACAACCUAUUUAAACAGCCGUAUGCUACUAACCCUGUAUGAAAGGGAUGAUUACCAUCAUUGUUGUAUGGCCUGGCUCCGGUUAAGUAAAUACACAGUUUUAGAAUCAAUUUGAAAAACAACACUUAAAAAUACAUCUAGAAAUGCACAACUACUUUCUUUGGCUUCGCAUUACAUUGAAGUCUUGAGUUGCCAUUUUAAUUGGGCGUACAAUCUAGCCAAAUUGCGGACAUGUUAGCUAGCAUGGGUGAUGCUACACUGCCCGAACCCACUUGUUCACCGAUCUAAAAAGAUUACUAGCCAGUGGCAGUACAGUAAAACUGCUGUUUCCAAACUAGACGUGGUGUCGGAUCAGUACUUCGGUUCACGUACUCGCCGAUGCCCGACCCGGCAUUUCCGGCAGUAACGGAGGCAUUUCUGAUGCUAGUACAGGUAUCGGAACUUCAGGGUACUUCAUACCUGCCCAUCCUAAAAAAACUAUGAUUGUAAACUUUUUGAAUGAUCAGAAUUGCAUUUUUGUUGCAGGCCCGAUCUCACAUCCUCUCAUGAUGAAUGUGAAUCUCUGUAUUUGACGCAGACGGCUGUGGCUGAAACACUCUGCUCUGUUGCAUCGAUCUCAAAUGCCAGCAAGUUUUUACUGUUUCAUUUGGUGAUGUGAUAAUAUCAUAACCCUCCAGAUGCCAUAUUGAAUGAUUCUUUUUUUUUUUGCUUGCAGAUGAAAUGUUAAGAGAAAAUCUUUGUAUUUUGACUUUAAAACAUGUUACAUUUUACGCUAGCCUUAACUUGAAAAUUACCAAGUGUAUUUUUUUUUCCUUUUUGUUGACACGUCAAAUUUUUGAUUCAGAUUUUCGGUGUCUUUGAAAUGAAGGCGUUGUUACACAUGGAGAUGAGGGGUUUGACAACAUCGGUAAAACCCCAACGUUACACUUACGUUUCUAAACUACAGUAUUUGUUGCCAUUCUCCUGGUUUUCUGACAGGAUAGCUGCGCAUGAGCCCUGACAGAAAGUGCGUGUGCAUGUGUGCUGUAAAGACCGAGCCCUGCUUCUAACGGAGAUGAAGAUCUACUGGAUUUGUUCUCAUUCUUUCUCCAACAUCAGUCUCUAGUGUCCUGCUUACAUGUCGUCUAUCAAAGCCGGAGCAACCGAACAGAUACAAAAAAAUGAAACCUUUGUCCAGGCAAUAACUCAUCAAGGCUGUAAUAUAUUUAAAUUUCCCAACUCUUUUCACUUUAUUUCUUUAUUUUUAUUUUUCCAUUCUUUCAUUUGCUCUGUUUUUGAUCGUUUAGGAGUUCAAAGCAUGUUUCUCUUGAUUAUUUUGAAUCAAUAAAGAAUGAGCAUAUCAGCCAA